GGCCCUCGAACACGGAGGACAGCGAACAAUCUUACGGACCCAGCCGGUGUUCUGCAGAGUUUUUAUUAUAGAUCCAUGGUGUUCUGUCGAAAUGGGCUGCUCCGUCGAAAUGACGUGAUUUUCGUGCGCCUCUCACGCGUUCCACACAACAAGACUCGGUUUACUCAAACAACGCAGAGGUUCUUUUUCCAAAUGUAGCUUCUUUACAUUUAGCACAGAGUUUGUUGCAAUGGCAGACAAGAAUCCACGACCAGUUCGCGGCAGAAGAAAGUCCGGGUUUGAGGAUGUUCAAAGAAAUGGAGAAGAAGAAAAGGAGCGAGGCCAAACUGAGGUGAUUCUUGGAGAUUCCUUCCAGCGAUGGCGCGCACUGAAGCAGGAGAAGGGACUAAAGACGGACGCGUUGGUCGCUAAAUUUCUUCUGGACAGGUGUGCCCCAGAGUUUAGUGGUGUGAGCGUGAAGACAGAAGAGUCCUCACUGCUUCAACAAAGAGAAACUGAGCAGAGAGAUGACACACAGGGAGAGGACAUCAAAUCAGAGACACACGUCCACUCUGAUACUGAGGGAGACACAGAGCACUCUUCUGACAUUGACAGUGAUGAAGACUGGAGAGCUCCAUUCAGCUGUUCAGGUGUCCAGCUCCCCUCUUCGAGUCCUGCUCUGACUCCACAGAUUAAAGAAGAACCCAACAUCAAACAGGAGGAAGAGCAGCUGCAAGUUUCUGUCCCAGAGUUUACUGUUGUGACUGUUAAAACAGAAGAGUCCUCAGAGGACAUUGAAGUAGAGACAUUUGUCUACACAUCGGACACAGAGGAAGAGGACAUCAUAGCAGAGACAUUUGUCUACAUAGAGGACACAGAAGAAGAGGACAUUGAGGCAGAGACACACAUCCACUCAGAGACUGAGGAAGACACAGAGCACUCUUCUGACACUGACACUGAUGAAGACUGGAGAGCUCCACUCAACUGUUUACCUGCACACAUGGACACAGGGGCUGAUGGAAGCCACCAAAACCAAGAGACCAGAGUCACUGUGAACAAUGGAGACAUGUCAGGAGCUGAUGAAGGAGCUGAGAGCAGGAAACAUGAGUGCCCUGUUUGUAAAGAGAGAUUUGGAUCUACAUAUAAACUUCAAAUACACAGGAGAGUUCACACAGGACGGGAGUCAUUCAGCUGUUCAAUCUGUAAGAAAGAGUUUACAGGAAACUCUCAUCUCCAAAAACAUAUGAGGACACACACAGGAGAGAAACCAUUCAGUUGUUCAGUUUGUAAGAAAACAUUUGCCCAAAAGGUUCAACUCAAAACACAUAUGAGGACACACUCAGGAGAAAAACCUUUCUGCUGUUCAGUCUGUAACAAAGUUUUUGCUCUACGCUCUCAUCUCAAAACGCACAUGAUGACACACACGGGGGAGAAACCUUUCAGUUGUUCUAUCUGUAAGAAAGUGUUUUCUGCAAGUUCUCACCUUAAACCACACAUGAGGACACACACAGGAGAGAAACCUUUCAGCUGUUCUGUCUGUCAGAAAGUGUUUACUCUAAGCUCUCAUCUCAAAAUACAUAUGAGGACACACACAGGAGAGAAACCAUUCAGCUGUUCAGUCUGUAAGAAAGUUUUUUCUGUAAGCUCUCAUCUCAAUAAACAUAUGAGGAGACACACAGGUGAGAAACCAUUCAGCUGUUCAGUCUGUAAUAAAGUGUUUGCUAUAAACUCUGACCUCAAAACACACAUGAGCACACACACAGAAGAGAAACCGUUCAGCUGUUCAGUUUGUAAGAAAACAUUUGCCCGAAUGACUUAUCUCAAAACACAUAUGAAGAGACACACUGGGGAGAAACCAUUCAGCUGUUCAGUCUGUCAGAAAGUGUAUGCUGAUCAUUCUAAUCUCAAAAAACAUGUGAGGGUGCACCAUAGCCUGCAUAUAUCGACGGACAUAACUAACGCACAAGCCGACACAUUCCAAAGAGGAAGUUCUCAUGUGGCUCUUCCGGCUCCUUCUGACUCUGGCUCCCCUUGAUUUACGCUGGAAUAUUAAGGCCCCUCUCUCUGUAACUGCUGCUGUGAGCCUCGUCAUUUUGGUUUUAAAAUGUUCGUAUCAACCUGCUCUGCAUGAUCCUGUUGGGUAUUUUUUCGCUAUUUUGUUUGUUUAAAAAAAGAGCGUGGCUUCAAAUUCGCCCUUGUAACCGUGAACAUCGUGAGCUUCAUUUGAGUGGAGCCGAACGCUGUGGUUGACGUCACACUUGCAUAAUCUGCUUGUUUAUACAGUCUGUGGGACACACACAGGAGGAUUCAGCUGUUCGAUCUGUAAGAAAACAUUUGUGAGGAAGCAUCAUCUCACUCCACAAGAGAGAAGACAGAGAUAGAGACCUUCCAGCUGUUCAGCCUGGAAGAAGACGUUUUCUAUCAGGAGUUCUUUGCCUAGAAGAAUGUAAAAAAAAAAAUAAAAAUCCAUUCAUCUGUACAUGUUUUUCUUUGCACUAGUGGGGCACUUUGAAUGUUUCUGUACUAUGAUCACAUUUGAGCUGU